AGUGUGCAAGAUUAUCAGUUGAAAAAUUUGGAUUUUUUUCUAGGACAAUUUCCCUCCUCAUUCUACAGCGUGACCUUUAUUUCAUUCCACGGAUCGGAUGGCGAAAGCUUCAAAUUUAGCGGAGACCUUGGCGAAGGAGCUGCAAUGUGGAUUUUGCUCGCAGCAAUAUAAGGAACCUAGAGUUCUGCCAUGUCUUCACUCUUUCUGUAAGUCAUGCCUGGAAGAAAUGUUGAGUAAACAAGGAAUCGGUUGGAAGGUUGGGUGUCCGUGGUGCCGAGCGAGCGUGGAGAUUCCCAAGGGAGAAGUUGAUUUAUUGCCAGAUAACUUCAUGCUUAACAACAUGUUGGCCAUGCUGACUCUUCUUUUGGAAAGAGGUAGCCUUGGGUGUGAUAACUGUGACAGUGGAGACCCCCCUGUCAACAGGUGUGCUACCUGCUUUCAUUUUCUGUGUGAGAUUUGCACAAUGGGACAUAAACGGGGCCGCAGCACUAAAAGCCACCACUUAAUGAACCUGGAGGAGGCUGUAGAGGAAGGACCUAUGGCUGUCUACAUGUCACGCCCAUCCUUUUGCAAAGAGCACAAUGGAGAAAUGCUUAAGCUCUUUUGUGAAACAUGUGACAAAACUGUAUGUAGUGACUGCACAGUUGUUAAGCAUCAGGGUCACAAAUGCAUUUUUGUGAGUGAUGCAUUUGAAAAUGGAAAAAAUAAUGUAAGGAAGAUUCUUUCAAAGACAAAAACUCAAGCAUCGACCCUCAAGAGUGCCCUGGAUGGUAUUUCAGCAAUGAAGAGAAGCAUCGAGUCUCAAGCAAAAAAAGCUGUGGAAGAGAUUGGACAGCGAUUUCAGGACUUAACUGUUAGUCUUCAUACUCGCAGUGAGGAAUUAGUAAGUGGGGUACAAGAGCUAAAGAAGGCAAAACUGAACACUUUGCAAAUUCAGCAAGAAGAAUUGGAAUUGGCCCUGGAUAUUGUGCAAAGUAGUGUAGGGUUCACCGAGAAGACAAUCAAACAUGGCAGUGAGGUUGAAAUUUUGAACUUACACAAACAAAUAUCUAACAGACUACAAGAACUGAAUUCUUCUACUUGGCACUUAGUACCCUGUACUGAUGAUGCCAUUAAGUUUAUAGUUGAAAAAGAACUGAAAGGAGAAGUUUCAUCUUUUGGUGUUGUUACAGAUGUCAUGACCAACGCUGAGACAUCAACGGUAAUGAUGGGUCAUGGUUCAGAGGGCAUAAUCUACAGUACACUGUGUGGACAGCCUGUUCAGUUCACAAUAAUUGCAAGGGAAUGGAAUGGAAAGAAGAGAGUAGAAGGGGGUGACCCUUUCACAGCUUCUUGCGACAGUGGUGCUGGUUUUAAAGCCCUGGAGGUGAAAGACUGUGGAGAUGGUACUUACAUUUUCUCAUACACCCCAGAACAAGAGGGUCAGUAUAAACUGGUUGUGAAGCUGUUGGGUCGUGAUGUGAGUGGAGGCCCGUUUACUUGGUCUGUAGAAAAAUGGCAUCUUCUGUGUGUUUCAGGCAGCUCUAAAGGUGAAGUGUUGUUGUCUGAAGAAAAACUGACUGCUCAGUACAAUCUGAAGUCAGCGGUAACCUCUGCUGUCUCAAAACCAUACUCUAAUGCUUCAUGUUUCACAUCUGGUCAAAAAUUUACUGCUUCAAAUUCACCAUUUGGCAGUACCAGUACUAGCACUGCAAGCUCACUUUCAAAUGGAAUUUCCCAAAAAUCCAAAAACUCACACAACAAUGGAGGCACUGGUCGGCCCUUUGGUGCAAACAGUUGGGACUAUGUAGUAAGUUCUACUUCAUUCUACAAUGGUAAACAUUCAUGCAAAGCUAAAUUGAUUGGCAAUAUUCAGGAAGGUUUUAGCUUAGGGGUCAUCAGCACCUGCAGAAGAUUACAUGGCAAUCUGGCCAGUCUGGGAAACUGGUGGGUGUGGAACUCCAAACAAAUGAAGCACCUUUUGCUCUCAAGUAACAUGCAUGUUAAGAACAGUUCUAUUACAGACUUUGAAAGCAAUGACAUUGUAGAAAUGUACCUGGACUGUGAUGAAGGAACACUGAUAAUGUUCAAUCAACGUACCAAAGAGUCAGACAUUUGGUAUGGCAUCAACGGAGAUACUUGUCCAGUGUUUCACAUGACAAGCCAUGGAGACCAGGUUUCUCUACUAGUUUAGAGGGCUCAGAGUUUAUUUGAGGAUAUUAAAUUAUUCCUAGUUUAAACCAAAAACACAUUUUAAGAAGAGUGCAAUUUUAAAUUGUGUCAAAAGUAAUCUUGGAUUGCAUUCAUUCUGCAGUUAUUGGGUGAUAUGCAUACCUAAAAUAUGCAUCAGUGGCAAGCCUGCCUUUUCAAAGCCUCUGGUAUUCUCAUUAUGUUUACU